CCGGUGUGCUCGUUACGGGCCAAUCCGCGCUGCGUGCGCGGCACCGACCAUCGCAUUGAUACGCGUAGCUUCGUUCGACGGAUCACAAACCAAAAUCGUGUGGCAGUCGUAACGGGGCAGCCGUUCGAGGUCUGGGGCUGCCAUAAACAGCCCAACCUAAGGUCGAAGGAUGCCCGAGAGCAGCCAGCUCGAGCGCGACGACGUCGCGGCCUGGACGGCCGCGCGCGACGCCGUGAUAGCCGACCGCCACUGCUGGGACCGCGAAGCGUUACAAAGUGAACACGCCCGGAAAGCUUAUGCGGCGGACGCCUUGCGAUGGAAGAAGCAGCAGGAGCGGCCCCCCUCGGACCAGAUGAUCACGGCCGCCGUCGUUUCCUCAAAAGCACUGCUGGGCCAAAUCGUCCAGGAGGAGCUGCCCGAGCGGCUGCUGCGGAAGCCGCCCGUCAAGUACAUCCACGCGAUCUUCGUCGCCGUGAGAAGCGCCACGGGGCUUGGAGCGGGCUUAUUUGACGAGAACCAGCACAUCGAGGAAGAGCUAAGGGGCAACGAGCGGCACCGGCACGCGGAGCGGGCGCCGCAGACGCGCGCCGAGAAGACGAAAUUUCUGGUCAACCUCGUGGCUUGUGUGUCGCAAAUAUUGGACGAGACGUGGAUCGCAGCCAGGUGCGCGCCAAAUCCCAUUAUCUCGGGAGAAGACGCGCUCGGGGCGAAUUUUUUAUUACAAAAUCUCGCGAGGGCCGCCCUGCGCGGCCAGAAGGCCUCGGAGCGCGCCGUGAAGCGUGUCAAGAGGAUCGGCGAGCAGGAGCUGUACGGGCGGAGCAUCGCGAUACGGCGCGCGGUGGUCAAGUCGCAAGCAAAAUGUAGAGGAGACACGUGUCGACGACGACGGUUGGUCAUAAGGCCGCGGCCUGAUAGUCCGCCGGCCGAGGCGCCGCCCAAGCGAGUUUUUGUUAGAGACACGCGGGAACAGGACGCCGCCGACACGGCGAUCAGCAAGGCCAUGCGCAUGCGGAAUUUGUUAAGAGAUGCUGCGUUAGCCGCCGAGACGGCGCACAACGCCCAGGCCUUCCUCAAGGAGCUCGAGACCGCCCGCAAAUUACAAAGAGAAUGUAGAAAGAAGCUCUCAGCGUUAGAUGCGCGGAAGAAGCACCUCGAGGUCCAGGAGGUGUUGUUAGCCGACAAAGAUGAACAAAUAAGGAAAAGAGAAACACGGGCGAAAAGACUCACUGAUAGGGCCCAGCGCGAACUGAAAAAGCUCGAAAAACAAAAACAGGACUGGGAGGAGAUGACGGCGACCGUCCGCGAGAAGAAUAGCAUCGACUCCGACGGGAAUUCGACGAUCGCUUCCGUCCAAACGUUUCAAUCUAGAACGUCGACGUUCCAGCGGGGGGCGUCCGUCGAUUCGCGCGCUUCUUCCAAGUCGAAGACGAGCGUCUCGGGCACGGGCGCGCAGUACGCGCGGGCGGCCCGGUUACGGGCGAAGAAGCGGCAACGUAAAAAAAUGAACCAAGAGAUCAAGCUGCAGGGCGAUUUGGACAUCGCGCGGGACGCCUUGACCCAGACGCCGUCGGGCGAAAUUAAUAGAGCGAUGCGCGCGCUGGGCGGCGCGCGCGGCGUCUUCGGCGAAUUUCUGCGGGAGCAGCUCGUCGAGGUGCGCGACGAGAUCGCGCGCAUGCCCGAGGAGGCGAUGCGGCCGCGCGCGGCGCCGACGCGCGACGACCGCGGGGCGCCGGCCAUGGCGUUCCCGCUGCCGCUCAAGGCGCCGCCGUCGUCGGAGUACGUCCUGCCGAUGGACGGCUUCGCGCCGCCGGCGGAUUUGGGAUUGGCGUCCGUCGCGCGGCUCGCGCGGACGCCGGAAGUGCCGAAGCAGCGGACGACCCAGCGGCGGCAGUCGUUGCACGACGCCUUCGCGCCGCCGCGGGCCUACGUUAAGGAAGAGCACGAGCUCGCGAUGAAGGGGCUGGACGGCGUCGAGCCGCCGCGGCCGGACGCCGAGGAGCGGCCGCCGGCGAUGGGGCUCGACGGCUUCGAGCCGCCGCGGCCGGACGCGGAGGAGCGGCCGCCGGCCAUGGGUCUGGACGGGUUCGAGCCGCCGGCCGACGACGACGCGCCGUCGACGGCGGCGCCGCCCGAGUCGCCGAAUCGCCCCGAGCACGCGGUGCACGCCGACCACGUCGAAGACGGCCGCGUCCUCGUCCACCACGACACUGAAAAUAAUUACGGCGGCGACGACAGCGAGGACGACUACGCCGAAGACGACUUCGACGACGUCUUCGACGACGUCUUCGACGCCGAGGACAUCGCCGCGGACGAGGCCGCGGCCGAUGAGCCGGCGGAGCCGGCGCAGGAGACGCCGGCCGCGGGCCUCCGGACCGCGGAGCCCGUGGAGCCGGCUCCGCGGGGAAGCAUUAGCGGGGAAGGCGUGUGCUUUGAAGGCCAAGAGCCCGCAACGAAGGAGAGCGCGGCCUACUGGCGGCAGCGCAAGAUGCACGAGCCCGACGCGAAGCCCGGGUCCCGGAGCGACCUCCGCAAAAUCGUGGCGCGGCGAGGUCACGUCCCCCUGGAAGACACGGAGAUGAGCCUCGAGGCCGGCGCGGCCGUCGUCGUCCUGAAGAGCGAGCUCUCCGACGAGCCGGGCUGGAUCUUCGCGACGAGGGGCAACGACGAGUGUGGCUACGUGCCGCGCACCUACCUGCUGCGCGACAGCUCGCCAACGAAGAAACCUCUGGACCGCCAACGUGUGGUGGACAUCUGGACCGCGGAGCCCGAGGUCCCGGGCUACGCCGACGGCGCCGCCGACGAGGCCCGGGCGUUCCUGGAGCAGGCGCGCGCGCGGCGCGGCGUGCGCGACGUCUUCCGCGAGGACGAGCCCAAAAAAGACGAGGCCGAGGCGCGCGCGGCCGAGGCGGGGAAGUUGCGCGACGCGGUCGCGCAGCUGGGCGACUCCGAGUCGGCGCCGUCGACGGCCGCCGCGGUGGAAGGCAUCGACGACGACGCGUCGUUCACCCAACACAUCGCCGACGAGGCGAAUGCGUCGGAGGACGAGAACCCGGCCUGGGACUCGUCGGACUACUCGUCCGGCGAUUUUGAUUAUCCCGUGGACCCGAGCACGGCGGGGAACUCGCCCGCGCGGCAGCGUCUACGGAGCGGCCCGGGGCUAGGGGACGGCGACGUCGCGUCGCCGCCGGCGCGCAACGACGACGACGACUGGUUCGCGGCCGAGGAGCCGCCCAAAAAGCCAGCGCCCAAGGAAGUCGCCGGCUACCUGUCGAAGUUCGACGCGGACUUUGAAAGAGCCAUGGCGAAGCACCGGCGGCACCUUUGAGUAAUCCUACUAGUAGUGUUAC